AUGCCUACCCGCUCUGUUGCACAAUGCAGCGCACUUGGCUCCUCUCUCUGGGGCUAUCGCAUAGGCAAAAUGAGUGGAGCUACAAGAUGCCCUGAAGAAGAGCAUGUCACUGACUCGACGACUGUAGGCCUGAGAGCCUAUGCGCAUCCCUUUCUUUCUCUUUCUCUCUCGCCUACUAUCCUUCCACUCUGCUGCCCCUCAGUCGCGGCCUCAUGCCUCUGUCGGCCAGUGCGAUGCAGCUCGUAG